UUGAUUUACAAGUAAUUUGAGACGAGAAGGUCUACGAUUAACAGAACCAAGAUGGCCGCUAAGUGGGAACCGAAAAACAAAAAUAUUUUAAUCACUGGUGCCGCUUCAGGUCUAGGUGCCGCGUAUGCUGAAGCUUUAUUGAAAGAAGGCGCACAGAAUAUUGCUGUGUUGGAUAUUGAUGUAAAGACCGGAGAGGAUUUCGUCUCAAAAUUAAACGAAACAUACAACAAUAAAGCUAUCUUUAUAAAAUGUGAUGUUAGCAAGGAAGAAGACAUAAAGAACAGUUUUAACAUCGUUCUUAAUAAAUUUAAAAGAAUAGAUCUUUUGAUAAACAACGCAGGAAUUAUGAGUGACAUUGAGUCUAUGUGGAGAUUGGCUUGCGAUGUUAACUGGCAAGGACUAGUGUCUUUUACAAUGAAAGCAGUGAGGCACAUGAGGAAAGAUGAAGGCGGUGAAGGAGGUACCAUAGUAAACAUAUCCUCUACUGCUGGAUUAUGUAAAUAUACCUUCUUGCCAAUCUACGGCGGAAGCAAAGGUGCCGUGCUGCAUUUCAGCCAAAGUCUAGCGAGGGGACCAUUCUACGACAAUACAGGUAUAAGAGUGAUAACUUUAUGUCCGGGGCCCACCGCUACUAAGCUGAUGCAAGGUCUCGACAACAGAAUUGUUGAAACCAGUAGCAUGAACCAAAUUAAAUCGUUGAGCGAUGUUCAAAAAAUACAAAGUAUUCCGUCUGCUGUGGCUGCUAUGAUGAAAUUACUAAAGGAAGGCGACAAUGGGUCAGUCUGGCUGUCUGCUAACGACAAGCCAGUCGUGGAAUUGACGGAAAAAAUAAACAAACACUUGGAUGAAUUGGAAAAGUUAACACUGGCUUAACUUUCUUAUAAUAAUUGCUAAAAUCUUCUUAAAUUCUUGUUCCAUAU